UGUUUUCAGCCUCUUAUCAAACUUCUAGUUUCCCUGCCUUUCUGACUUUGGACCGGAUUCUCGGGUCGUGAUCAUCCAAAAACUGAAAGCAUGAAGCUCUCCUUUCCCCUCUCAGUCUUCAGCCUCUUGCCUCUAAACCUAGCCCGGCAACCAACUUCAAAGACGGAUUACACGCAAGCAUCGACAGAGGUCUUGUCAAAGUUGAUGGAAUACUACCACGCCUCCCCAAAUGUUACAGCCGGACUCUUCGACCAAUCUAUCUCGCCGUGGUGGGAAAGCGGUAGUAUUUUCGAGACAUAUAUGGACUACGCCAAAUACGCUGCCUCAAACCAGUUCGCGGUGCAGGUCGGAGAGGCACUAGUGAUCAACUCUUAUGAUCAAGCACAUGACUUCUUCGGCACGAAUCACUCGUACGUGAGCUUAGUUGUGGGAAGAUGGAACGACGAUGUUGAAUGGUACGCGCAAGCCGUCGCGGCUGGCGGCGAGCUUUACGGACCUGAAAGCUUCAUGCCUGGUCUCUCCAGACGGGGGAACGGGACAUGGAUUUCCCUAGUUCAACGAACAAUCGAGGAAGUAUACUCCUAUCACACCUCCGAUUGUGGAGGAGGAAUCUAUUGGUCAACCGAUCCUAGCCAAUAUCCUACUUACAAAUCGGGCAUCACGCAACUGGGCUUCAUUUCUUUAGCUUCCAGAGCGUACUUGAUGACACGAAAUGAGACGCUCCUCGCUAUCACAGAAGAGUUAUUCAACUGGGUUGUUUCGUCCGGCAUGGUGAAUCUGACUUCGGGGUGGGUGGGUGACGGUGUAGAUACGACGGGUUGUGCAGUACAUACUGAUCAGUGGAGCUACUCAUAUGGCCAAUUACUCGGCGGUCUCUCAUUCCUAUACCGCGCCACAGGUAACACCUCGUAUCUCGAGUACACAAAGCCAAUCCUAGCUACGGCCAUCAGCACAUUCGCACCAGAUGGCAUAGCGACAGAGCUCUGCGAGGCGGAUGGGAGCUGUAAUCAAGACCAGCAAGGCUUUAAGGCGAUCUUUUUGCGGCAACUGGCGUAUCUGUAUCGAACUACCGAAGACACCGCAGUGAAGGACUCGAUAGCGGCGGUGGUGACUCAAUCUGCAACAGCGGCAUUGGCGACGUGUGAUGGGUACUGGAAUUGCACGGGUGGGUGGACGGCGAAAACGGUUGAUUAUCCGGCUUUUCGAAGUACGCAUUUGGUGGCUGCUGCUUUGGUGGCUGCUGAAGGAAUCUCUAGAUAGCUGUGAUUCAAGUUGUAGUAAUGGAAAUCAAUUCAAACG